AUGAACGAAGGUCCAUACGCUGGACGUCACGUUUUUGUCAUGCAACCUGAGCCUGAUGAGAAUGAAAAGUUCCCAUUCCUCGAUCUACCUGCCGAGAUCCGCAACAUGAUCUACUCCUUGGUUCUUGAACGUCCCGGCUGUAGUAUUCGUCUUUCAGGCAAGCACUCUGGAAUCAUUAGCACCGACUGGUAUGAAGGCAACAAUCGACUUAUCUCGAAAGAAGCCGAGCCUUACAGCACCAGUCUGGUGAGAGUAAACAAGCAAACCAGUUCUGAAGCGUCGCCAUAUCUGUUCAGCCGGCACACCUUUGAGUUUCCUGACUCUACGAUGCUGCAAAGAUUCCUCGAGUACCUUGGCCCAGAGCGUGUCAAGUCUCUGGUGUCUAUCUCCGUCGAUCAAACCUACAAAGUCUCUGGCAGGGAAGCCUAUCAGUUGCUGUCUCCCGCAGUUUCUCUGGCCAAGCUCGAGCUCAAGCAGUACAGAUACGGUUACCGCUCUCGGCAUGACUGGCCUUCGAUUCUCUUGCCAUUGCUCAAGUCGCUGUGUUCGGACGGUGGCAAGAGCCGCGAGGAGGCCUUUGGCAUCAUUACUAUGCCAGGUGCAGUGGACGGGCGUUGUACCAAACAUGGCAUGUUCUGGUAUUAUGUCAAUGAAAAGUGCGAGAAGCAGAUGAAGGCAUACGAUGACUACUACAAGAAGCUACAUGACGACAUGAGCAAGGCUAUGGACAAGGCCGAAGCAAAGAAGGAGGCAAUCGAGAAGGGCAUACCAGUCAAGACAAGAGCAGGACGCAGAACAAAAGCAGUCGACUACACGGGUAUGUGCAGCGACGACUGA